AUGUUGUCGGAAGAUCAUGGGCGGCUCGUCUACUCAUACGACUCCGAACGGGUAUGGAUCGAGUGCUGGGGUCCCAAUGCAUUCCGUGUGCGAGCUACUAAAGACCAUGUCUUUCCCAGCGAAGACUGGGCAUUGCAACAGCCCUCACAACAAGCACCACAGAUCAAGGUAGCUCGGUCAUCUUCAACCAUAACCAAUGGCAAGAUCAACGCCACUGUCAGCAAGUUUGGCACUAUCACUGUCCGCAACUCUAAGGGCGAUACUCUACUUGAAGAAUAUGCUCGAAAUCGUCGAGACUUAACUGCUGAGAAAUGCAGCUCCCUUGACGUCGAGGCUCGUGAGUUCAAGCCUAUCAAAGGAGGCCCCUACCAUCUCACCGCCCGGUUUGAGAGCCUGGAUCCAAACGAGAAGAUCUUCGGUAUGGGCCAGUACCAGAUGCCUAGCAUGGAUCUGAAAGGCAUGGACCUUGAGCUGGCGCACCGCAAUUCGCAAGCGAGCGUGCCUUUUGCGCUAUCAUCUCUCGGCUAUGGGCUCUUGUGGAACAACCCUGCCGUAGGUCGUGCCGUGUUCGGGAAGAAUGUCAUGUCUUUUGAAGCAUUUGCGACCAAGACACUGGAUUAUUGGAUUGUUGCGGGCGAUAAUCCAGCAGAGAUCGAAGAAGCAUACGCAAACGCAACUGGAAAAGUUCCUAUGAUGCCUGACUAUGGUCUUGGGUUCUGGCAAUGUAAGCUAAGGUAUCAGACCCAAGAGGAGCUUCUCUCGGUUGCACGGGAGUACAAGCGCCGAGAACUGCCUAUUGACCUCAUUGUCAUUGACUUCUUUCACUGGCCACUGCAAGGCGAUUGGAAGUUCGAUCCCACCUACUGGCCAGAUCCAGGUGCAAUGGUGCGAGAGCUUCAGAGCAUGAACAUCGAAUUGAUGGUCUCCAUCUGGCCAACCGUCGACCAGAGAUCCGAGAAUUACGCAGAAAUGCGAGAGCGUGGCUAUCUCGUCCGUACAGAGCGUGGCCUCCAGACUACCUUUGACUUCCAAGGUGAAACUGUUUUCUUUGACCCUACGAACCCUGAUGCGCGAAGCUAUGUCUGGGGCAAGUCAAAGAAGAACUAUCAUUCUCUUGGCAUCAAGGUCUUCUGGCUUGACGUGGCGGAACCAGAGUACUCCGUCUACGACUUUGACAAUUAUCGAUACCAUCGUGGACCCAACAUCGAGAUAGGAAAUAUCUAUCCCGUGGAGUACUCCAAAACGUUCUUUGAAGGCCUGCAGAAGGAAGGCGAAUCAGAGAUUGUCAACCUUGUGCGUUGUGCUUGGGCUGGUAGCCAGAAGUAUGGAGCAUUGGUCUGGAGCGGUGACAUCGCAUCCUCGUGGAGCAGCUUCCGAAAUCAACUUUCGGCUGGGCUCAACAUGGGCAUCUCGGGCAUACCGUGGUGGACGACUGACAUUGGUGGCUUCCACGGUGGAAACCCACAAGACCCCAAAUUCAGAGAGUUGUUCACUCGCUGGUUUCAGUGGGGUACCUUUUGCCCAAUAAUGCGACUACAUGGAGACCGGGAGCCACGGCAGCCACAGCAUGGAACUACAGGCGGAGCUUCUUGCCGGUCAGGCGCUGCAAAUGAAGUAUGGUCUUACGGAGAUGAGAUCUACGAGAUCUGCAAGAAAUACAUGCGCAUCCGCGAAGAGAUGCGUGAGUAUACGAAAGGCUUAAUGAGGGAGGCACAUGAGAGGGGAACUCCGGUUAUACGUCCACUGUUCUAUGAGUUCCCAAAGGACAAGAAGUGCUGGGAUGUGAGCGAGGAGUACAUGUAUGGCAGUAAGUAUCUGUGCUGUCCAGUACUUUCAGCUGGGAAGACGGAGAUGGAGGUCUAUCUUCCCGCCAUAGACGGUGACUGGGUGUCUUUCGACGGCAGCAAAAGAUAUGACGGCGGCCAGACCACUACAGUACCUUGUCCCAUUGAUGAGAUGCCGGUUUUCAUGAAAGGGUAA